AUGCACAUCUUCCUCUACAUCUACCUCGACAUGUACACCUUCUUCUGCAUCUACAACUACAUCCACACCUAUCGCUACAUCUACCUCGACAUCCACACAUUCCUCUACAUCUACACCUACAUCAAGACCUAUCGCUACAUCUACCUCGACAUCCACACCUUCCUCUACAUCUACACCUACAUCCAGACCUAUCGCUACAUCUACCUCGACAUCCACAUCUUCCUCCACAUCUACACCUACAUCCACACCUAUCGCUACAUCUACCUCGACAUCCACACCUUCCUCUACAUCUACACCUACAUCCAGACCUAUCGCUACAUCUACCUCGACAUCCACACCUUCCUCUACAUCUACACCUACAUCCAGACCUAUCGCUACAUCUACCUCGACAUCCACAUCUUCCUCCACAUCUACACCUACAUCCACACCUAUCGCUACAUCUACCUCGACAUCCACACCACACCUAUCGCUACAUCUACCUCGACAUCCACACCGUCCUCUACAUCUACACCUACAUCCACACCUAUCGCUACAUCUACCUCGACAUCCACACCUUCCUCUACAUCUACACCUACAUCCACACCUAUCGCUACAUCUACCUCGACAUCCACAUCUUCCUCCACAUCUACACCUACAUCCACACCUAUCGCUACAUCUACCUCGACAUCCACACCUUUCUCUACAUCUACACCUACAUCCAGACCUAUCACCUAUCGCUACAUCUACCUCGACAUCCACAUCUUCCUCCACAUCUACACCUACAUCCACACCUAUCGCUACAUCUACCUGGACAUCCACACCUUCCUCUACAUCUACACCUACAUCCACACCUAUCGCUACAUCUACCUCGACAUCCACACAUUCCUCUGCAUCCACAACUACAUCCACACCUUCCUCUACAUCUACACCUACAUCUACACCUAUCGCUACAUCUACCUCGACAUCCACAGCUUCCUCUUCAUCUACACCUACAUCUACACCUAUCGCUACAUCUACCUCGACAUCCACAGCUUCCUCUACAUCUACACCUACAUCCACACCUUCCUCUACAUCUACACCUACAUCGACACCUAUCGCUACAUCUACCUCGACAUCCACACCUUCCUUUACAUCUACACCUACAUCCACACCUAUCGCUACAUCUACCUCGACAUCCACAUCUUCCUCCACAUCUACACCUACAUCCACACCUAUCGCUACAUCUACCUCGACAUCCACACAUUCCUCUACAUCUACACCUACAUCCACACCUAUCGCUACAUCUACCUCGACAUCCACACAUUCCUCUGCAUCUACACCUACAUCCACAACAUCGCUACAUCUACCUCGACAUCCACACCUUCCUCUACAUCUACACCUACAUCCACACCUAUCGCUACAUCUACCUCGACAUUCACACCUUCCUAUGCAUCUACACCUACAUCCACACCUAUCGCUACAUCUACCUCGACAUCCACACCUUCCUCUACAUCUACACCUACAUCCACACCUUCCACUACCUCUACAUCUACUCCCACGUCCACAUCUACAUCUACCCCUAAGAAUUGCAUAACCUCGGGGUUUAUUCUGACACUUGUAUACAACGAAAAUAAUGUUCAAACCAAACUAUCCCGGAUGUUGAGCAGUAGCAGUAGUAGUAGUAGUGGUAGUAGUAGUAGAGCCAGCAGUAGUAGUAGAAGUAGCAGCAGCCACUCCCACUACACCCGCAACAGCGAGUACUGCAACAGCUGGAGGACCUUCAACGACAUACAGGACAGCUGGAUCUCCGUCCUCGGCAUCAUCCGACACUAUGCCAAAAAUGCCGGGGAUUUCAUCUCAGUAUCAGGUCCAGGGUCCAUCAACGAUCCAGAUGAGGUAAUUGUAUAG